CAAGAUAUAGUAGUCAGGAAGCAAGAGGCUUUCACCCAUAUCAUAUUAUUCAGCAGGUCUUCAGAGAACAACUGCCUCAACCCAGGAAUCAUGGCAGAAAUGGAGCAUGCCCUGAGCAGUGCAGCUAAGGAUGGCAGCCGGUUUGUACUGCUAGGCGCAGUAGGCAUUACUUUCUGCACUGGACUGGAUUUGGUCUAUUUGAGCAAGAGCCUAGGAGUAGACCCAGAACAGCAUAGUGAGAAGACUGCAGAAGCCCUGAAAAGCUUUGUGAAUCAUUUCAUUCACUUUCAGAAACCCAUCGUGGCUGCAGUUCAUGGGCCUGCGGUGGGCUUAGGAGCGUCCAUUCUGGCCCUUUGUGAUAUAGUGUGGUCCAGUGACAAGGCUUGGUUCCAGACUCCUUAUGCCACCCAAGGCCAGACCCCAGAUGGCUGCUGCAGCCUGACCUUUCCCAUGAUCAUGGGAGGAACGGCUGCCUCUGAAAUGCUCCUCAGUGGCCGUAAGCUGACUGCCAAGGAGGCAUGCGAUAAAGGUUUGGUCUCCCAGGUGUUCCAUCCGGACACCUUCACGAGGGAGGUCAUGGCACGAGUCAAAAAGCUGGCCUCAUACCACCCGCUAGUUCUGCAAGAAUGCAAGAGCCUGAUUGGCUCCAGUAUUAAGGCUGACCUGGAGCAGGCCAAUAUCAGGGAAUGUGAAACGUUGAAGAGGAUCUGGGCUUCUUCCCAUGCUUCUCAGUUCAUGCUCCAUGUCUUGGACAGAAAGCUGGAUCUCUCAGACUUGCGAAGGUAG